CCGCCCGCCCACCUAUUCUUUCCCCUGCACGCCAAGCACGACGUCGCGCAAACGUCUCCGCGCGAUGACCCUGUCUAUAUCGGAAGCGCUGCUUCCGCAGCCCCCCUCAUUCCAGAAGAAGAAGGCCUAUGAGAUUCACAAGGUCCUUGGCGAGGGCACAUUCGGCAAGGUUAUGCGUGCAACAUGGCACGUCCCGCCAGGCCAGACCCCCGUCGCCCUCCGUGGGGCCGCUGCCGCCCCGAGCGAGACCGCGGCCCCGCCCAGCGAGAGCAAGCCCCCAGCAGCCUCGCGCACGAACUCCAGCACCUCCUUCUCUUCCAAGCCGAAGAAGGAGCAGCAUCCCGAAGAUGGCUUGACUGUCGAGGUCGCGCUGAAGGUGAUCCCCAAGAAGAAGGUCAAGGGGAACGAGAGCAGCGUCUGGGGCGAGAUGGAGGUCCUCCGCGGGCUCGACCACCCGAACAUUGUCAAGUUCUAUGAAUGGUUCGAGUCACGCUCCAAGUACUACCUCGCGUUCGAGCUCGCGCAAGGUGGCGAGCUGUUCGAGCGUAUCACGAAGAAGGGCAAGUUCACGGAAUCCGACGCGGUUGCCGUACUCAAGUCAAUACUUUCUGGCGUGAAGUACUUGCACGACCAUGACAUCGUUCACCGAGACCUCAAACCCGAGAACAUUCUCUACCGCACACACGACGAGCACUCGGACAUCGUCAUCGCCGACUUCGGCAUCGCGAAGCACCUGCACUCACCGGAAGAGCAGCUACACUCCCUCGCGGGCAGCUUCGGCUAUGUCGCGCCGGAAGUGCUCAACAAGAAGGGCCACGGCAAGGCCGUCGACAUUUGGUCUACCGGUAUCAUCACCUACGUCAUGCUCUGCGGAUACUCCCCGUUCCGCUCGGACGACGUGAAGGAGCUAAUUCGGGAGACGACGGAGGCGAAGAUCGAGUUCCACGAGCGUUACUGGGGCAACGUCUCGCCCGAAGCCAAGGACUUUGUCAAAUCGCUCCUCAACCCUGACCCGGCGAAACGGCCCACUGCAGAGGAGGCGCUCAAGCACAAGUGGCUGACGGACCACACACCGUCGACGGAGCACGACCUCACCGGCCUGCGCGAGCACUUCGACCCGAAGGCACGCUGGCGCGCUGCGAUCGCUGGCGCCCGCGCGCUCCACCGCUUCAACUCAUCCUCGUCCUCACGCAGCGCGACGGCAAGCUCGGGCGGCUGGCGCUCCGGGUCCGUCAUCGACACAGACGACGAUGAUGACGACGACGAGCACCCGAGCGCCGCGCACCCGCCCGCUGCGUCUCUUGCCCGUGAGCCAUCAGACCCGGGCGAGAACGAGUAUGUGAAGGUGACCGCGCCCGAGGAGGAUGAGCCCUCGCCUGCGCAAGGCAAGAGCGAAGGUGUGAGCGGUGACGCGCCUCUCCCGCGCGCCUCUCCCGAACGUCCGAGCGAGGCACACGAGCUGAAGCACGAAUCCAACGCGCCCGAGCCGUUGCACGAGAAGGUGCCCACGCCUCUACACGCGACAGACAACGUCGCGCAUCCCGCCGCGCCCGCAUCAAAUCCAUCCGAGCAGGAACAGACGCAACACCUAGAGGCGGAGACCCAAGCCGACAACGGGCGCGAGACGCCGGAGCUGCAGAUGCCCGGGUCGUUCGACGUGCCCGCGACGCACCACCACCACCAUCUCCCGCACGUCGAGGGCGGGUGGAUGGGCCUGUUCAAGAAGAUGCACAUCCGCCAAUAACGCACGCCGCGCGUCCUCCUGCGGCGCGCUAUGUAGUGUAUACAUCUCGGACAUCACCACAUCCCCCUCCCUCCGUGUAGGUCAUCUGGUUAGCGAGUGUACUGCUACAGCGCGCCGUGGGAGCAGGACUCGGAGGACUGUUACGAGAUCUCGGCCCUGUAUAUCGGUUAUUUCUUGGUUUGCCGUGUAUAUACCUUAUCCCCACCGGCCUCUGACGACACCACCCGAGCACCCCUUCCGUCGGAAACGAGCACUGUUAGAAUACCUACGCCUACUUGUACACCCGGCCCCGCCCGCGCG